AUGAUGGGUCGGAGUAGAGACACGGAUACGGAUACAGAUAUGUUUGUAUUUGAAGAUGUAAGACUUGAAGAGGUAAAUACAAACGAAAGGGAUGAUACGAGCUUUUUCACGGGACCUAAAGAGGAUAGUACAAAGGAAUUAUCUAAUGAGCUGAAGAGGUGUGGGAAAAGAGCAUUUAUGGGUGUAAGUGCUUGGACUAGUGGUAUAAUUGUGUUGGUUUGGUUAUUGGUGCAGACUCAGAGGACCAUAUCUAAUAAUUCAAAGGGAUUACUAUUGGGCGUAGAUCUAACCACCGAGCAGAUCACGGGGAUAUCAACCCAAUUGAUGGUUAUAACUGGACUGGUGGCCGCAAUCGGGCUAGCUGGUUUAGCUUAUAUGAUUAAUGAGCUGAAUGCUGAGAACAAAGGACAUAAGAGAUCUUAUAAGAUUGGCAAGUGGGCUAUUGUUUCUCUUCUAGUGAUCGGGCCGGCUUUGGCUGUUUGUUUGGGAUUGUACGGACUUAAGUACGGGCUGGCGAUGUUCUGUGGGCCGGCCACGAUCUUUUGUGUUGCGGUUGGGGCAUUGAUUGGACUAGGAUUCAUGGCUUUCUUGGGACUAGUCUCACUAAUGACCAAGAAGCACAGACGCGAAAAAGAGUACCGGCCAGCCGUCUGGAAGCUAUUACUACCCUUUUUGAUGUUUCUCGCCCUGGCCGGUGUUCUGAUUUGGGCAUACAUUCUCUUGAGCAGCUCGGGAAUCAGUUACAAGAUGAUCUUUGAUGCAACCAACGGCAUAGGAAGCACUGUUUACGUUCCUCCUCAAGCUCCAGCACUACCAAAACCAGAACCAAAACCAGAACUACCUAAGCCUAAGCCUAAACCAAAGGAAAAGUCAUUAUGGGAUAUCUUUUUGGAGUCUGCGGGAAGAGGUGGAGGAAGUGGGUUGAGUUAUGGUAAUUGGAUGUAA